AUGUACCGCGGCCACGCCGCCACGCUGGCCAAGAUCGCGCCCGCCUCCGCCGUGCAGUUCGCAAUGAUGAGCGUGGCGGGGGGCGUGCCUGGCAACCUCUGGCAGGCCGGAGUUGGCAUCGCCCGCACCCAGGGCCUGGGGGGCCUCUACCGCGGGUUUGGGGCCACACUCUUCAGCGACAGCCUGGGCUCGGCCCUAGGGUUCACCCUGUACGAGGCGUACACCAGGCUCUGGCGCAAGUUGCAAGGGUCGGACGCUUCUCCCCAGGUCAGGGGCCUUCUGGGCGCGGCGUCGGCGGCCACCGUCAUGACGCUGACCAUGCCCAUGGAGGUGGUGAGGCGCAGGCUCCAGGCCCAGGGGGUACCAGGCAGGCCGGUCCUGUACAGGGGCGCCCUGCACUGCGCCCGGUGCAUAGCAAGGAAGGAGGGCACCGGGGCGUUCUACGUGGCCGCUCUGCCGGGGUAUCUCAAGGCUGCCCCCUCCAUAGGGGGCAUGUAUUUCCUGUAUGAAUUAAUGAUGCGUCGCUUCUCUGCGCUGGAGGCCUCUCAGGCGGCACAUGCAGCUGAUGCCGGAGCCAACUGGUAG